CGUCAUCGCCCUGCGCGGAAGUAGGACAAGCCAAACGAGCCAUGGCGGGUGAAGGAGCAGAAGACUCUUCUAAGCUAACAACAGCGGCAGAGAAGCAGCUUCUUCGCCGCAGACAAGAGUUAGAUUACUGGAAGAAACACGCGGGGCGGAUCCGCAGCAGGAAUCUCCUGACUGGUCUGUGUAUUAGUGCGUUUGUCGUGGGAAUGUUUAGCUACACCAUCUUGUCCGUCAAACAGGAGAGAAUCCUGGAUGAAAUAGAUGAAGAAGCCAGGAUCCACGUCAUCAGAGGACCACGGACUGGCGCCAACUCUUAAAGACACGGAACAGCCCCGUGUGAAACAAGGAUAUUAUCUUUUUCUUUUUUUUAAUCUUUAAUCAGCCACACUCGCAGCCAUUGGAUCAAGUUUUCAGUGAAAUCUUGAACAAUGUGAGAAUAAAGCAUAACAAACUCUACCCAAAA